AGAUGGCGACGUCGACCAGGAAGUAGGUAAACAACCGUACAGGGGUAGAAAAAUAUGGAUUAACCCCUCCAAUCCGCCUUUACCGAUCAAGAAAAACCCAGAUUGAGUGGUCGUUAGUGCUCGUGGAGGGGUUUCGCGUACCGGGGGGUUUAAUUAACGCGCGAGAUGGCUGGAGAAUGACAGGGCUUUGACACGUGACCAUGUUUCUGCUCGGAGCCUGAUGCCCACUCUUGCCACGUCUGUUGUCAUGGAAACGGAGGACUAUCUGCACCCCGAGGGCCCUCAGCUGGGGAGCCCGAAGUUCAGCGCUCCCAGUCCUCCUCUCACAAGUUCCAUGGAGAGUCAGCUGUGUCCGUCGAACUCAUGGACGUACCCACAGCAAACUCAAUACAACCAGCACUAUCCUAUGCAAUCUGGGAGGCAGCUCCAGCCGAACCCGUCCUCGGGUCUGGACCUGUCUGACAUAGACUUUCACGACCUUGUGCAGAACGGAGAUUUCUCCCAGGAUCUGUGCAUAGACGAGCUGUCCAACACAUCUGAUUCUCUGUCGGAGUAUCCAGACCCUUCAGGAUUUGGCAGCGAUAGCCUGGCACAGAGACCCGCUGAGGGCCCCGUGCCACAGAUGUACUGGGAUUUACCUGGACACAGUCAGAGACAGCAGAACCUGAGCGCGUUUCCUGGUAGGUUGGAUCCACCUAUCCUGUCUGCGUCGGUCGCAGGAUUUAAGGCUGCUGCUCCUCCGCCGCCACCGGAGGAAGAGGAGGAGGCAGAUGAGGAAGAGACGGAGGAUUUGGGGCAUGCGGACACGUACGCCGAAUACAAGCCAUCCAAAUCUACUAUAGGAGUCUCUCACCCUGACAUCGUGGUGGAGACCAACACACUGUCCAGCGUUCCUCCUCCUGACAUCACCUACACACUGUCCAUUCCCCCCAGCAGCAUUAGCUCCGGCCUGCUGUCCGCCCUGCAGCUGGAGGCCAUCAUCUACGCCUGCCAGCAACACGAGGUGAUUCUUCAGAACGGUCAGCGAGCAGGGUUUCUGAUCGGAGACGGAGCCGGCGUCGGGAAGGGCCGCACUGUGGCCGGAAUCAUACUGGAGAGUUUCUUAAAGGGACGGAAGAGAGCACUAUGGUUCAGUGUGUCAAAUGACCUGAAGUACGAUGCUGAGAGAGAUCUCAGAGACAUAGACGCUCCCAACAUCCCUGUGUUUGCUUUAAAUAAGGUUUUUUUCUGCCUACACCAUUUUCGUUCUACAGGUGCUUCGGAGCCAAAGAAUAUGAUAUACAUGAGCCGACUGGGGAUCUGGGGGCAAGGAACACCAUUCAAGACGUUUGACGACUUCCUGCAUGCUAUUGAGAAGAGGGGUGUUGGUGCCAUGGAGAUUGUUGCCAUGGAUAUGAAAGUGAGUGGCAUGUAUAUCGCACGCCAGCUGAGCUUUUCCGGAGUGUCCUUCCGUAUAGAGGAGAUUACACUGGACAAAGAGUUCAAACUGGUCUACAACAAAGCAGCUAGACUGUGGGCCGAGGCUCUCGAGCUGUUCACCACAGCUGCGAAGACGUUGGGUCUGGCCUCCCGUAAGUCUCUGUGGGGUCAGUUCUGGUCGUCACACCAGAGGUUUUUUAAGUACCUGUGCAUCGCCGCUAAAGUCCGUCGUCUGGUUGAACUCGCUCAUACUGAGAUGCAGCACGGCAAGUGCAUCGUGAUUGGCCUGCAGUCCACUGGAGAGGCUCGUACUCGAGAGGUCCUGGACGAGAACGACGGACGCCUGGACAGAUUCGUCUCCGCUGCUGAGGGGGUUUUCCAGUCAUUAGUUCAGAAACACUUCCCAACACAGAAACCUAAAAGAGAGAAAAGCGCCGCAAGCAAGAGGAAACGAAAACCCAGAGGCCGGGCUACAAAAUUUCCAAAGCACCGUGUGGAAGUGGGCGGGGUUAUUAAAAUCAGCGAUGAUUCAGACUCCGACUCGGAUGAGAUCGACAGCGACUCUAACUCCUCCCCUGAAUCGCUACAGGACAGUGACGAUGUGAUUUUCUUGAACCACAUCAACGGGCCUGCUGCUAAAUUAGAAGAACUCAAGCAGAGGCUGCUGGGUAAAAUAGCAGAGCUGGGGAAAGAGCUGCCGCUUAACACUCUUGACGAGCUGAUUGACAGGUUUGGAGGACCAGAGAAGGUGUCUGAGAUGACGGGCCGUAAGGGACGUGUAGUGCGGCGUCCUGAUGGCAGCGUUCGAUAUGAGACCAGAGCGGAGCAGGGCUUGACCAUCGACCACGUCAACGUCAGAGAGAAAGAGCGGUUCAUGAACGGAGAGAAGCUGAUAGCCAUCAUCUCUGAAGCGGCCAGUUCGGGCAUCUCUCUACAGGCGGAUAAACGCGUGCAGAACCGCAGGAGAAGAGUUCACAUGACCUUAGAGCUGCCGUGGAGCGCAGACCGCGCCAUCCAGCAGUUCGGUCGAACGCAUCGCUCAAAUCAGGUUACAGCUCCAGAGUAUAUCUUCCUCAUCUCUGAACUGGCUGGAGAGAGACGCUUCGCCUCGAUCGUUGCCAAGAGAUUGGAGAGCCUGGGGGCGCUGACACACGGGGACCGACGAGCCACUGAAUCCAGAGACCUGAGCCAGUACAACUUUGAGAACAAAUACGGCACCAAAGCGUUGGAUAAGAUCACUAAAGCCAUCCUCCGGCAAAUCGACAACAAAGUCCUUCCACCGAAGAGCUACCCAGGAGGGGACAUCAUAUUCUUCAAAGAUAUGAAGAAUGGCAUGAUUGAUGUAGGAAUCUUCUGUAAGGAGCCGCGUCCAAGUCAGAAUACAGAGAAAGACUGCACCAUCAGCAAGUUUCUGAACCGUAUUUUGGGUAUGGAGGUCCAUCAUCAGAACUCUCUGUUCCAGUAUUUCACCGAUAACUUUGACUACCUGAUCAACAAGGAUAAAAAAGAGGGAAAAUAUGACAUGGGUAUAUUGGAUCUUGCUCCUGGUAAUGAUGAGAUUCACGAGGAAACACAGGAGAAGUUUCUAACUCCAGGAAACCCUCAGGAGGGCCAGGUCAUCCUCUAUAAGAUCAGUGUGGAUCGCGGGAUGCCCUGGGAAGAGGCCUGCAGUAAAGCAGAGAAACUCACUGGAGAAUAUGAAGGUUUUUACCUCUCAAACAAGCUGCGCGGGAAUCAGCCGUGUGUCCUGCUCGCCGAACAGGGUCGGGGUCGUAAUCUCAUCCUGUUUAAGCCCAACAUCGGCAAACAGGCUCAUCCUGAGAACCUGGACAACCUGCUCCUGAGAUACUACAAGGUGACACCUGAUGAAGCAAAGGAUUUCUGGGAGAGUCAGUUUGUCUUUUCUUUCACCAACUGCACACAUGCCAACUGGAAUGGUAAGUGUAAGCUGAUCGAGCAGGGCCAGGAGUGUUUUCUGGGGAUGCGUCUCAGGCAGUAUCACAUGUUGUGCGGCGCGCUGCUGAGGGUCUGGAAACGAGUGUCUGACAUCGUCUCGGACAUCACCAACUCCAGCAUCCUGCAGAUCGUACGGCUCAAAACCAAACAGAACAGCAAGCAAGUUGGUAUAAAAAUCCCAGAGAACUGCGUGUCCCGCGUGCGCGCUGAGCUAUCUCGGAUGGACGAGGAGGUGAAGAAAGCGCGGCAGGAGAGAGAGCAGUUAGCAAAUGAGCAGCGUAUGCGCCAAGAGAUGCUGGCCAAGAUGAUCAUCGCAAACCCUCCCCCCUCCUUUCAGAACCACCUUCACUACCCACGAUCCCUUCUGCCGCCUGCGGCGAAGCCAAAGAGCGAAGCCGUCAGCGAGGUCUUGGAUCUUACCAUCAGCCCCUGCCCAUCGCCGGACAUCAAAACGCCUGUGCCAGACCUAAACGGCGUGUCCCUACACAGAGGCAUGCUAGGCGCGAGAGGACGCCCGUGCGCGGUUGUUCCCGAGACGUACAACUUGGAAGAUUUGAUCUCCCAGGAGCAGCAGAGACACAGGCAGGUGGCGUUGAACCCGAACGUGCGCAUGUCGUCGUCGCAUGCCACUUUGAACGUCCCGCAGCAGCACGUUCACACACUAAAGCAGAAUCAUUCGUCGUUUGGGGUGCUAACACAGCAGCAGCAACAGAGCGGCUCAUGCGCACAACCGCCCGAGCAGUACCGCGUGCUUCUGUCGCAGCUGCAGCGAGGGCAAGACACAUCGCUCGUGCUGCGGCUUCUCACGCAAAUGCGGCAGCAAAAUGGCGUGUCGCCGCAGUCCUCGCGCGCUAUGCUACACCAGAACAGUCAACACAUGACGCACACUUCGAACGCACACUUGCUCGGCAUGCAUGCACAGCUGUCGAAACAACAUACGAGCGAACAUGCGCAGUCGCAAUCCCUACCGUCGCAACCCCUGCCAUCGCAACCCCAAGCCAUGCAAUCACUUGUCACUCAGCCUGCUACAGAAAGAACGAACAAUGAGUUUGAUUUCGACGACUUGGACUUCGGUUACCCCUCGCCCGAAUCGCAACAUCAGUACCCGUUCACCUCUCAAGCCCUGCCAUCCUCGACUCCGCCCCCUCCUCCUUACUCCUCCUCCCUCUUUGCGUCAGCGCCUACAAACUCCUCCCUCUCGGACUCUAGCUCCUCCUCCUCACACUUCACGCCAUCGUCCUCUUCCUCCGAACAGACGCAUCUGUUACCAAAUGGCCACAGCAGUAUGGACGCCCUGGAGACGCUGGAUCACAUGAUCCACAGAACACCCUCGGAUCACCGCCAGUCCGUCAUCCAGUUCAAAACAAUGGACUGGGACGCCACCUAGAGGCUCAAACAUGCACGGUCAGAAAUUCAUUCUCGGCAAGACUUUUGAGUUCUUUCCCAAGUCAUUCUCAGUCCAUAAGCUAAGAGUUGCGUUCGGUUCGUUGACGAUCAAUGAAGACUUGAAAUCA